AUGUCCAAACAGAAUAAGGCAAUGGCAUCUCACCCUGCCAAAGCUGCUGGCCCCGGCCAGCAACCGACGCUGCCCCUCAUCCCUGACGACCCAAAAGUCGCGUCGCUCCACAAUCUGGCAUCCCCGGCGGACCGUCGAGGGACGAGGACUGCCCAGUCGACGCCAAUGCACAGUCGCGAAUCCUCUGCCGUCCGAGGGAGAGCCGCUGAUCCCUCUGUGCUCGCUCCGACCUUACAAGUCCGACGCGGUCACUCCAGUUCCAAAAGCCCCGACGUGUCAAACGCCCGAUCUCCUGGAUAUGAGCCGGGAUUGGAACGCCGCCCGUCUAACUCGUACGGUCACCAUCGCCAAACCUCGAUUGUUCAUGGCAUGCAACACUCGCGAAACCCGAGCAUGGCUGGCUCUACCGCCUCUACAAGUCCCUUGAGCCCGGAGCUGAUUGCGUCGCUGGGUCGCGGUGGAUUUGAUGACACCGCGGUACCGGGGAGGAUGGAUCAGCUCGACGGCACUGCGAACUACCCGACUCCGAAUGCAAUAGCGGCGGCCCAUGGAUUACAGGGGGCAUUAAGCACGAUACAGGACACUGAUUCAAUCGGAGCAAUGGACGGUCUUCCCGUGAAUAUGGCCCACAAGCGAAUGAACUCGGGGGGCAAGUCAAGGCGGGAGCGGUCGCAUAGUCGCUCGCACUCAAAACAUCACUCCGAAUCCAAGACGGUUGGGGAAUACGCGUUACAUCAUUUGUUCAACUCUUUUGUUGGCCAAGCCGACAGUAAGAUCAACCAGGCAAUUAUGAGGCUGGGAGAAUCGGAUACUCCCGUCGAAGAGGUUUGCGGCCCUGGAGCCGAUCCAACCUUUGACCAGUUAAUAUCUGCCUUGGGACAUAUCGCCCGGCAGAAACCGAAGCCUUUGAUCGACACCAUUAUGUUCUGGCGGAAGGCCAAGGGAGAUGCUGCUAUCACCGCGAGGCAGAUGACCAACGACCAAUCAAAAUCAGCUGCCACAGAAAAUGGCCUUUUGAUGCGCCGAAAUACAGAGCCAACCCAAAUGCAUGCUGACCAAGCGGCCUCUGUAGAGCGGCCGCAGCAGUCGACGGCUAUACUUGGUCGCCAGGAUGACAUCGCAAUGGUUGAGCGACGCGCGACAGUCUCUGUUUAUUUGGUCUGCAGAGUCUUGAUCGAAAUAUUCAAUCAGAGCAGUUUGGCUUCGAUCACCCUUGACAUGGCAGACCGCCUCGAAGAUAUUGUGUUUGGCCAGAUCAAAACUGUUGAUCCAGAUCAGAUCUCGGCAUCCCCCUCCGAAUGGCGAACUGGAGGAUCUAUGGCCAAUUGCUGGCUUGACCGAUCUCAAAAGGACGAAGCGCGAGUGACACCGUCACGAGACGGAGAUGCCAAAGCAGAGCUCCUGAUUCUGGGCAUGAGAUACCUUCGCCUGCCUAUAACUUCUGAAGGAUGGCCCAAGGCUUGCGAUUUCAUGCGGUCACUGGCGCGCCUGUUCGUUUAUGCCCAUGGACAACGGAUCAAACAGGCCUACUGCUACGUGAUCGAAAAGCUUCUUCUUCCCGUGGCGGCUAACCCGACCUGUGAUCUUUCGCUACCUCGGUGGAAGGAAUUCUUGGAUCUGGUCCAACCGCGCCUGGCACAGCUGCUCACCAAGCCUCGCCACUGGGCAGCGUCUUUCUCCCUGAAUGUGCUCUUGCUUUGCAUUUCGAACAAGGAGACCUUCUCUUCCCAGUGGCUUUCGAUGGUAUCGAGCUUACCUGCGCGGCUCAAGGAUCGACCUACACGUGCACCAGCGCUGCAAGCCAUCUGUCGUCUGGUGUGGACCUACUUUUUCCGCUACUCCGAUUCCCCGACCACUACUUUGCGUAAAGUCGAAGAAGUGACGAAGAUUGCGUUACCUACAGGAAGGAGGACAUACCUGAGCGCUGAACCCCCUUUCGCAGACCCGUUGAUCCAGCUGGUUCGAAUGAUCGGAUUCAAACACCCCGAUGUUUGUUUCAGACACAUCAUCUUUCCCUUGAUCAACUCUGAUUUGUUCUUGUCUGGCCGAGAAUUGAAGAUCGAGCAAAUGGAACCGGAAAAGAUGGUUAUUGGUAUUCGCGCCUUUCUUGCGACCAUGUCCGACCUCGAGACAAGCGAUCAACUCUGCCCCCCAUUUCCAACGGGCUCGCUGCCAAAUCCAUUUACGGACGCUUCAACCCCUAUCUAUUUCCACCGGCCGCAUCUGGUCGCCGAGCUCAAGGCGGCGAGUGGUUCGGAAAAGACCGAUUUUUCGUCAUGGCACCCUGUCAAUACGGCAAGGUUGAGUGACAAUGUCCGAGAAUACCACCUCCGCUUUUGCGAGGUUUUGGGAAAAAUCACUCUCCUCUGUGACAACACGUUUGGGGGACAAGCGGUCCUGGACGAGAAAUUCGGCGGGGUUACUCCCAAAACCCCCAUUUCCGAAGCUUUCGGUUUUGGCCGCCGCGAUGAUCACAUCACGGCUGUGGACCAAAAGCAAGGGUUUUACGAUUUGCUUCAUGUGGCCGUUCAGGCUCUGCCUCGGUGCCUCUCGGAUCAUAUUCCUUUCAAUUCGCUCAUCAACCUCCUAUGCACGGGAACCGCUCAUGUUCAGUGGAAUAUCGCAACUUCCUCCGCGGAAUCGCUCAAGGCUAUUGCGCGACAGGCUCAUGCCCAGCAAGUCACAAUCGGCUUUGCACGAUUUAUUUUCAACUUCGAUGCACGUUAUUCGACCAUGUCGGACGAAGGUAUGCUCGGGCCAGGCCAUAUCGAGUCUACACUGAGACUCUACGUCGAGCUCCUUCGUAUCUGGAUCGACGAGAUCAAACAAAAGACCAAAGGAGCAGCCAUGGACCAGCUUGAGAAAUCUGCCACUGGAAGCCGGGCUCUCCACCUUGAUUUGUCGAGUGUUCUCGCUCAUGUGGAGGAGAUCGAGUCUCAUGGUCUCUUCUUUCUUUGCUCGCAAUCGAGAAGAGUCAGAGCCUUCGCCAUCAAUGUUUUGCGCUUGAUCACUGAAUUUGACAGCGCCCUUGGAAAAGAAAACACAAGAAUUAUCCGGAUCCUUGAAGCUGACUCUCAGCAAAUAAUGGAUCUGAAUGACGAGCAGCUCACAGUCGCGGAGAGAAGCCGGAUCCAGAAGGGAAAAAGAAGGAGCGCAUCGCAAAACACUCUCAUCGAAUUGUGUAGCAGCGAGGUCUCUUACGACUCGACACUAUGGGCAAAAGUCUUCCCCAACAUCAUUCGCGUGAGCUUUGAGACCUGCCCAUUUGCCGUAACCUUGGGCCGGGAAAUUGUGUGCGCGCGUCUCGUCCAGAUGCACAAAAUGAUCACAUCUCUUGCCGAGAGUGCCAGAGUCCCCCAGUAUAGUCCAGUCGAUGGCUACCAGACCCGACCCCUGGCGAGGAGCAACAUGACGGCAGAGAUUUUGAUCGAGCAAUGGAAGCUUUAUCUGGUCAUGGCCUGCACCACCGUCACGAACGUCGGUGCCCAAUCCCAAAGCCAACUGGCCAAUGCUCAACAUGCCCGCAAGGCUUCCAAGGGAGCCCAUCAGUCCCAGGACAAGAUCAGCUCGGCUCGAAGCCUAUUUGCAUUUGUGAUUCCCCUCCUCUCUGCAGAAAGGGAUUCCAUUCGAAGCGCAAUCGUCGUGGCCCUUGGGUCUAUCCACAAAAACCUUUACCGUACCCUUCUCGAGUCGUUGCAAUAUGCAGUCACAACUUGCAACGAGGAAGCCAAGAUCCGGAUUGGCUCUCACUAUCGCACUCCCAGCAGCCCCCGUCGAAACAGGAAAACUGAUCGGCUGCGCACCGAAGUCACUCAUGUGUACAAACUCACAUCUCACUUUCUCCAAGAACCAGAGGUUUACAACGACGACUGGAUCGUGAAUAACCUGAUCACCUACGCAAGAGACAUCCGAAUCUUCUUGAGUGACGCCGAGGUGCAGAAUGAUUGGGAGUUCCAGCGCCUGCGAUUCCAUUACUGCGGAUUGAUGGAGGAACUUUUCGAGGGGAUCAACCGCACCAAAGACCCUUCGCGCUGGAUGCCCUUUGAGUCGAGGAAAUCCGCAUUCUCUCUCAUGGAAGACUGGUGCGGCUAUUCACCUAAUCAAGCUCAGAUCUCCGAAAGAGAAGACAACAUGCGCAAGUUUGCAAUGGCCCAGCCACACGAGACUGGUGAAAUGCGAAACACAGCUGCUGCCAUGGAGAUUCAGAAGAAGAACCUACGGGCUUCAGCCCUUAGUGCCAUGGCCUCUCUUUGUGCUGGUCCAAUCAGCAUCACUACCGAGAGUGGCUCUGUUCUCCAAUUCGAUGUGGUUCGGAUGCUCUCCUGGAUUGAUAUCAUCUUCAAUACCAUCAGUGACAAGUGGCAUGCAAUCGGGCGCCGAGCUCUUAAAAACCUGAUCAUCCACAAUAAGGAGCACUCGUAUCUGAUGGAGCGGUCAAUCGAGAUGUGCUACGUGACAGAGCGACCCAAAUCUCUUGAAAGCUACUUCGAGGUAGUCUCGGAGGUGCUUAUAGAACAAUCGGACUAUCCACUGAGAUUCUGGAGAAUCCUAGGCGCGGUCUUGGUGACUCUGGGCAGCGAAAAGCGCGAGAUCCGGAUGAAGUCUGCUAAGCUUCUUCGAAGACUCGAGGAACGGCAGCAGAAGAGCUCCAGGCUGCAGGACUUUGACAUCAGUAUCUCAGACAAAACACCGGCGGUGUAUAAACUCGCACAGUUUGAAACUUCGAAGCGUCUGGCAACGCAACACUCUGACCUGGCAUUUACUCUGUUUUCGGAGUUUUCAUUGCACUUCCGCACUCUUCGCCCGGACAGUCAGCGGAAUAUAGUUGCGGCCAUCCUUCCUUGGGUUCAAACGAUGGAGCUCCAAGUUGAUCCAAAUGGCGGCCCAACUGCCAGAUCCUACAUGCUCCUCGCAAAUCUCUUCGAGAUCACCAUUCGCUGCAGCAGCAUACUUCCUAAUCAGGUGCAAGCAUUGUGGCAAGCACUCGCGACAGGCCCCCAUGGGGGCAAUGUGCAGCUGGUCUUGGAUUUCAUCAUCAGCCUGUGCCUGGAGCGCAAAGAGCAGAACUUUGUGGAAUAUGCCAAGCAGGUCGUCGUCUUCUUGUCAGGAACCCCCGCAGGAUCCAAGGUCAUCGAGUUCUUCCUCUUGCAAGUUGUGCCGAAAAACAUGGUACAGGAACGGAAGGACCUCACUCCUGCUCCCCCUGACAUCAAAAGCCUCCCAUAUGUUGCAGACCUCGGUACGGUACUGCCUGUGGGGAACAAACAAGCUGGCUUCUCUCUCGGCCAGGUUGCGCUCAUCUUCCUUGUGGAUUUGAUGGUUGCUCCCGUUACGCUAGCCCAGGAUGACGUUAUCAAGAUACUUCACGUGGUUCUGAUUCUCUGGGAUCAUUAUACUAUGACCGUACAAGAAUCGGCUCGCGAGAUGCUCGUUCACCUUAUCCAUGAGCUCGUGGCUGCCAAGCUGGAGGACGAUGACCCGGCGGGAGCUCGGCAGUCUGUCGAAGAUUUUGUUGAGUCGAUUCGCAAGAGUGACCCUGCAGUUGUAUGGGAAUAUGAGGAGAACCAUGGCAAAGAAGAAGAGGCCGAUGAACGUUGUGUGCCGACAUCUAUGGCCACUGUGACCCGUGACGUUAUCAAAUUUUUCGGCUUUGCUUAUGAAGGCAUUGGUGACUUGUGGGCCAAAGAGGCAUUGAAUUGGGCAACCUCAUGCCCCGUCCGACAUCUGGCAUGCAGGUCAUUCCAAAUCUUCCGUUGCAUCUCAACCUCGUUGGAUUCGCGGAUGCUUGCGGACAUGCUUGCCCGGCUCUCAAACACGAUUGCGGAUGAGGAAACGGACUAUCAGACAUUCUCCAUGGAGAUCCUGACUACGUUAAAGAUUAUCAUCAGCUCACUAGCCCCAUCGGAUCUGUUGCACUAUCCCCAGCUGUUCUGGACGACCUGCGCUUGUCUCAAUACGAUUCACGAAACUGAGUUCAUCGAGACCAUCGGCAUGCUAGAGAAGUUCCUUGACCGGGUCGAUCUGAGUGACCCCGUCGCGGUCACUAAAUUAGUCGAGGGCCAGCCGCCAAAGUGGGAGGGUGGAUUCGAUGGACUUCAGGACCUUGUUUUCAAAGGGCUGAAAUCAUCUGAGUCGUUCCAUCGCACGCUAGACCUUCUCCAUCGCCUGAGUGGCCUCCCGAACAAUGAGCUUCUUGGAGAUGGAACUCGGCAGCUGUUUGCUGUCCUGGCCAACUUGCCUCAUUUUCUGCAAUGCUUUGAGCAGGACUUUGAUGAUCCUAAGCCAAUUAUGCGUGCGAGUCUGCUUGCUCGUGUAGCAGAGAAUGAGCGGUGCCCUCGACUAGCGGCGUCCUUGUUUGGUUUUGCGAACCAACAGUACAAGACGGAGAAUGUGUUCCUGGAUCACAUCAUCACCGAAAUCAAGUCGUACUAUUUCCCACAUCUGGAUUUCCAGUGCUUGAUCUUCCUCAUGGGUCUUCUGACCAACACGACGGACUGGUUCCGGAUCAAAACCAUGAAGAUUCUCUGCGUCUUGAUCCCCGAGGUCGAUAUGCGUCGGAACGAGGUGACUUGCCAUGGCCCAGAUCUGAUUUCCCCGUUACUGCGGCUUCUACAAACCGAUCUCUGCCCCCAGGCUCUGGAAGUUUUAGACAAUAUCAUGACUGUCUCUGGCAACCCAAUGGAGCGGCACCAUCUUCGAAUGAGUAUGGCUUCGGCCUCCUCGUCGCGCGCCAUACGCAAAGAAUACGAGCGUAUCCAAAGUCUGUACGGUAUUCCAGAGCCAUCGGGGUGGUCAGUUCCCAUGCCAGCAACCCAGUCAAGCGUCACUCGAAAUAAUGUUCACGCCGCCUUCUACACCUGUGCCGAAGCCGAUGACAUGACUGCGCCAGAGACGAUGAAUCCUGACGUGGAGUUCCAUGCGGAGGAAUACGGCGAACCGUUCUUCCCCAUGAGGGCCGAUACCAUGAAAUCGAUUGACACGCAGACGGACGGCAACAUUGGGGACAUUGUCCAGAAGCUAGAUAGCUUGGAUGACUUCUUCGAGGAAACCGAGAGCACCACUCCAACCCUUAACCCAGUGGCUCCUCCGAUGUUGCGGGGGUUUACCGGUAGCUACGUGGACACCAAUGCCCAUCUCUACGAUCAGCAAACAGCACCGAUCUUGCGCAAGUCUCUUGCUCGGACUGGCUCCACGUCGUCGUUCCACAACGGCCUCGCUGAAUCUCGGCCGCCGAUGCUCCGUUUCGACAGCUCGGGUGUGUAUUCUUCCCCGAAUAUGACACCACAUAGCUCGACACAGACGCUGCGACCUGUAUCGCACACCCGCUCUGUUACCUCGCCCGCCAACAACCUCUUUGUCCACACUACACCUCAGGCACCCAAUGCCACCCCACCUGUCGGAUCCCAUGAUUCGGCAUUCGCAUCCGACGAGGAGGUGGAAGAAGUGCACUCUGACUUGGACGAACGCCCAACAACCCAGAAACCCGGCCCUCCCCCGCCGUCAAUGGUCCGCAGCGCCACGGACGGCUCGCACUCCUUAGAGUCGAUGAUCCGGAGCGGCAUGCGUCGUCUGACGGGCGGCGCAGCCAACAACCGGGACAAAGAGCGUCAACGCGACCUGCUCCGCGCUCAGCACCGUGCCAUAGUCCAGACGGCUAACUCGCCGCGUGUGCCCAAAGUGCCGGAGGAGUACCUGUCCGGCGGCCCGACCAGCCACCCGACAUCACCGCGGUAG